AUGUCUUCCACAUUGGAGAUCGCACUCGACAACCUCAAAAGAGCUGGACUAGGCGGAGCUGUUUCCACCCUCGACCAAGACGCCUACCAGACUCGGAAUGCCUCAUACUGGGCGCAGAGUGCUCAACUGAAGCCUUGGGCAAUCGUCCAGCCGAGGUGCGCCGAGGAGGUUUCCAAGACUGUCCAGGCUCUUGUCGCGACACCAGAGUGCAACUUUGCGGUGCGAAGCGGGGGCCAUACAGUCUGGCCGGGUGCCAGUAACAUCCAGGACGGCAUAACUAUCGACCUUGGGCUGAUGGCAAAGACACUAUACAACCACGGAACGGAACUUGCUUCACUGCUUCCUGGAGGAAAGUGGACGGAUGUUUACCAUGAGGUUGAGAAACAUGGGAGGAUGGUUGCUGGUGGCCGCGAAAACGCGGUCGGCAUUGGCGGUCUUACAACGGGGGGCGGCAAAACAUUCUACACCUGUCGGGUCGGAUUCGCAUGUGACCAGGUCGUCAACUACGAAGUCGUCCUUGCCGACGGUAGCAUCGUGCAGGCGAACAAUCAGGAGAACUCCGACCUCUUCAGAGUCCUCAAAGGCGGCGGCAACAACUUUGGGAUUGUGACGCGCUUCGACGUGUUGACAUUUCCCUCGAAGGAUAUCUGGGAAGCGGAACUUGUACAUGCCAAAGAGUCGGCCCCAAAAGUCGUUCACGCGCUGACCGACUUUGUUGGCAACCUCGAGGCUCACCCGGAUGCUCAUGUCCUGACAAUGUGGAUGUACCUGCCAAAGGCUGAUGACCACUUCAUCGAGAACCUAUUGAUGAGCCUGGACGGCGAGCAGGAGGCCAAAUCCUUGAGCGAGUUUCUGGCUAUACCUGGGCAGGUCAAAUCCAAGACGACCACGAUUGCGACCAAGAUGGACACAUUCGCGUUGCCAAAAGCUAGAGAGCAUACUUGGUUCACCACAACCUUCAAGAACGACCCGCGAAUCAUUCAAAAGGCGGCUGACGUCUUUGAGGGCCUCGUCAAGAUGAUGAAGGGCCAAGUCCCAGACCACGACUUCGCUUUCCAGAUGGUUCUGCAGCCGCUUCCCGUAUCAUUCGGCAAACACUCGGCGAUUCGUGGGGGCAACAUGUUCGGACUCGAGCACAUCAAGGAUGACUGCGUGCUGCUGGUAUUGACUGUAGAAGUGGCAACGCCGGGACUGCGGACGACUGUCGCGUUCUCGGCCCUCAAGGGAGCCAUUGACGAAAUCGAGGCUUAA